AUGACCCGAAAUGUUUCCUACAAGUUUCCGGGAGUUUCGGAAAUGGAAACGUUUCCGGGAGUUUCGGAAACGGAAACGUUUCCGAAACGUGGAAACGCAUCCUAUAUAAGUUUGUUUCCGUGCUACUUAGACUUUGGUGGUAGAAUUCCAACUGAGAUCUCCCACUUGUCUAAUUUGGUUUCUCUUGACCUCUCUGUUUCUCUCGAAAUCUCACCUUGGCCAGAAAUUCCCUUCUUGAGAAUUGAAAGAGAAGUUUUUCAAGGGUUAGUUCAAAAUCUGACAAAGUUAAUUGAACUUCUUCUCAAUGUUGUUGACAUGUCUGCCAUUGUACCUAGUUCCCUGAAAAACAUUUCUUCUUCUCUAACAUCUUUGAGUCUUGUGCAUUGCAAGGGCACUUCCCAGAUAAUCCGUCAUUUAGAUCUUUCAGACAAUAAUAUUACUGGUGAAUUUCAAGAUCUUUUUGUCAAUUUGAUGCAACUUUCUCUUUUAAGCUUCGCUAAUAAUCAACUUACUGGCCCCAUCCCUUCUCAUGCAAGUGGUCUUUCAAAUUUAGUUACUAUUUCCUUAUAUAAUAACUCUCUCAAUGGCACAAUACCAUCUUGGUUAUUCACUUUACCAUUAUUGAAAUACUUGAACCUUGCUUAUAACCAAUUAACUGGCCAUAUUGAUCAAUUUCAAAGUAAAUCUUUGGAAUUCAUUCAUUUGGGUAAUAAUAGAUUGAAUGGCUUUAUUCCAAGUUCAAUCUUUGAACAGGUGAAUUUAAUCGUUCUCUCACUUUCUUCAAACAAUUUCAAUGGAAUUGUAGAACUUCACUUAUUCUCAAAGCUGAAAAACAUUAUGGAGCUUGAUCUUUCUCAUAAUAGUCUAUUAGUCAACACUGCAUCCAAAACCAACUCAUCUUUUUCCAAGCUUCACUAUUUGCAUUUAUCAGCUUGCAACAUUAGUGAAUUCCCAGACAUCUUAAGAAGUCUAGAUAUUUUAGAGGAGCUAGAUCUUUCAAAAAAUAAAAUUCAACGUCAAAUUCCUAAUUGGAUGUUAGAAAUUGGAAAAGAUAGUCUCUAUUGGCUAAAUCUUUCCUUGAACUCUCUCAACGACACAAUAGAGCUUCCAUGGAGAAAUCUUAGAUAUCUAGACCUUCAUUCUAACAUGCUUCGGGGAUCACUUCCGAUUCCACAACCUUCCAUGAGAUUAAUUUCACUGUCAAACAACAAUUUGACUGGGAAGAUACCAGACUUGAUCUGUAAUAUGAGUUUCAUACAGAUUAUAGAUGUUUCAAACAACAGUUUAAGUGGUAUCAUUCCUGAAUGCAUGGGAAAUUCUAGUAGUCUUCAUGUGUUGGAUUUGCGGAAGAAUAGAUUUAAUGGCUCCAUUCCUGGAACAUUUGCAAGGGGUAACAACUAUAGGACCCUUAACUUCAACAAUAAUGAAUUGGAAAGGUCAAUUCCACAGUCAUUGAUCAACUGUUCAGCACUCGAAGUUCUUGAUCUUGGAAACAACCAGUUAAAUGACAUGUUCCCAUAUUGGUUGGGAAAUCUUCCAAAGCUGCAAGUUUUGGUUCUUCGUUCUAACAAAUUGUAUGGUUCUAAUUGGGGUUGUUCAAAGACCAAAAAUUGCUUUCCUAAAUUGAAAAUCUUUGAUCUCUCCAACAAUAAGCUUAGUGGUUUUUUGCCAGCCAGGUAA